ACACGCACGCACACGCCCUCCAACCCUGCCAGCCGCCUCGCACCCAUCCUCACACUCUCCCGCUCAUGCUUAUUUGUUUAUGUUUAUUUAUUCUCCAUCCGGGAAAAUAAAAACACGCUGGAAAAGAAACGGAAAAAAGAAGAAAACAACAACAAAAUCAGGAUUAUUAAUCAUUUCUGAAUGACGGGCGGCCGGUUCGACUUCGACGAUGGCGGCACUUACUGCGGCGGCUGGGAGGGCGGGAAAGCGCACGGGCACGGCGUGUGCACGGGGCCGCGCGGCCAGGGCGAGUACAGCGGCGCCUGGUCUUACGGCUUUGAGAUAGUCGGUGUGUACACAUGGCCCAGCGGCAACACGUACCGGGGCUACUGGGCGCACGGCAAGCGGCACGGGCUCGGCGUAGAGCGCAAAGGACGCUGGGAGUACCGAGGUGAGUGGAGUCACGGGUUCAAGGGCCGGUACGGAGUCCGUCAGACCCAGGAGUCACCCGCCAGGUAUGAUGGCACCUGGAAUAACGGCCUGCAAGACGGAUACGGGGUGGAAACCUACGAGGAUGGGGGUACAUAUCAGGGUCAGUGGAUGGGUGGGAUGCGUCACGGUUAUGGCGUGAGACAGAGUGUCCCGUACGGCAUGGCCAUGACCAUUCGCUCCCCUUUGCGAACUUCUCUGUCGUCUCUAAGAAGCAUUCAGAGCAACGGUGCUGUGCUGCUACAGGAUGAGGCCUCUAAUGUGCCGGCCAACGCACGAGGUGGCUUUGUCUUAAAUGUCCAUGGUGAGAAGAAAAAACGCCCUUUGGUCCGGCGUGGAUCGUUGUUUGGGAGUCUUCGUCAGCUCCGGAAGUCUGAAUCGAAAAGUUCAAUUUCAAGCAAGCGCAGCUCGACACGCAGUUCCGCCAUGAGUCGUAUCAGCUCGAGCGAUGUCGAGGACGAGGACAAGAUGGACAUCGAGGACAGUGUAGACACUGAGGAGAAAAUGGAUGCCACAGUCACCGAGUCCUAUGCAGGCGAGUGGAAAAACGACAAGCGAAAUGGCUUUGGAGUGAGCGAACGCUCUGAUGGCACCAAAUAUGAAGGGGAGUGGGUGAACAACAAGCGGCACGGAUACGGCUGCACCGUUUUUCAGGAUGGAACCCGGGAAGAAGGGAAGUACAAAAAUAACACGCUGGUCCGAGGGAUAAAGAAGCAGCUCAUUCCACUCAAAAAUCCCAAAACCAAAGAGAAAGUGGACAGAGCAGUGGAGGGAGCGAGGAGAGCAGCCAACAUCGCCAGAACCAAAGUGGAAAUUGCCGUGUCAAGGACAGCCCAUGCCAGAGCAAAGAGUGAAUCGGCAGACCAGGCUGCCGUUGCUGCUGACCAGGAGUCUGAUCUUGCAAGGGCUAUAGCAAGAGAAUUAGCUCCUGACUUCCAGCAACCAGGCCUUGAGUACAUCAAGCAAAACUUCACUGAACAUGUUGAAGAGAUUAAAGAAGCUCCACCAGAGGAGGAGAAGAAGGAGGAGAAAGAGUCUUCAUCAGGCAGUCCCUUUUAUCGCCGUGGCACGACUCCAUCACACUCUCCUGCCCACAGCCUGACUCCCUCACCUCCAUUAUCACCAACAAAAAAAUAUCAGCAAACGAGUACUGGUGUGACCCGAAAGAUCAGCAAAGAAAGCGCUACUGCAACCCGAAAAAUUAGCAAAGACAACAGUGCUAUAUCCCGUAAGAUUAGCAAAGAUGAAAGGGCCACCACCGUAGCCGAAAUUAGCAAAGUUCCUGCCAUCAAAAUUCAAGAUACUGCACCACCAAAGCCACCCAAGCUCAACAAACCAUCAAUAAACGGCCAGUUACACACUGCUUAUCAUAGCUAUUAUGUGAAAACACAAAAGAUCGUCCUUCCGCCAGAAGAACUGGAAGAUGAAGAGCCUGAAAUGACUCAGUCCAGUUUAGCUCGAAUGCCACCACCUCCGAAGUUAGUGCCAUCACUCACGCCAAAACCAGAGACAAAGCUCAGGAAACAUGAAAGUGUAAAACCAAAGAGUCUCACUGAAACCAAGAAAGCCAAUGUGGAGAUCACGAAUGAGGUGUUAGAAGAUGAUACGGGUCUGAAUUCUAUUUUAGUUGCCAUGGUGAUGCUCUUGAAUAUUGGAUUGGCCAUCAUUUUUGUACAUUUUUUGACAUGAUUGCACAGUGUUUCAGUCUCAUGGAAAUAACACAGUGUUACAUUAAACUGGCGCUGGUCCUUGGCCAUGGGAGCAACAGAGGAAGUAUUGGAAAAUAAGAACCCCUUUGGAGGACGACAUGACUUUUCAUGGCUCGUGUAGCGGUAUGAAAGACUGACUGUUAGGGAAAAAAAAGAAAAGCAACAAGAAAAAAAAGGAGAGAUGUGUGUGAGAAAGAGUUUAGGGUGUACUGAUCCAAGCUGGCCGCUCUGUGUGGAAACGUCCGUUGCAGUUUUACAUGACAGGCACAAACAGCUGCCUCGUUUCUUUCCCGUCUGACGUGUUGGGUUCGGAGAUUUAUGCACAGUGCCAAAGGAAUGUGUUCAGUGGACUUUCCACGUUGGUCAGAGAAAAACGAACACGCACCACGGCCUCCAUCGCCAGUCUUAUAACAUUACACAAGCGUUACUGUUACUGUGGGUAGGCAUGUGCUCGAUAGGAUCACAGUUUUAUGAUAUUAAAAAUAUCUUCUUUUUAUAUUGCUUUCAAUAAAUUACUUUGCAAAUAUUACUAAUCAGACCAUAUUCUCCAGACUCGCUCCAGGCAAGAAGUAUUCCAGAGUUAUACAAGUUAUAUUAUAAUUUAUAAUUUAUUAAAUAUUGUGAUAUAUCAUAUAACUGAUUAUCAGCACAUGUCUGUCUGUAGGAACAUGCCCUAUUGCAUGGUAGCAUUUUAUUCAUUUUUUCUCACAGAUGUAUUUCAGUUCUCCAUUAUUUUUCAUUUAUGAAUUUUUUCAAAAAGAAGUUAUUGUAUAAAAUGUGCAAUAUGAUUUUUUUUUUUUUCAAAAUUAUAUACCACACCAUCCAAAGGCUUUUAGCCAACAGAUCACUUUGUUCCAUAAUUGAUUACAAAAAUAAUAAAUAAAACAAAAUGAAAACGAUACGACGAUGAGAUGACGUUUAAGAUGGAGAGGACUGUCUACUGCAAUAAGAAUCACCAUGCGUGCGCGCGCACACACACGGGGGAAUAUUGUUUACUAAAAUGUAAAGGAGGUGAAAAUGUUUAUGCUGUAUGUAUUUGUGACUCGAGCAUUGCUCAUCGUGCAUGCAGUUUCUUUGAUUUGGUGCAUUGACGUUCGUGCAAAUGACUAGGCAUGUGGCGAUAAUCGGCUAAGAUUUUAUCACGGUUUACAGUGUAUUUAAUAUAUACAGUGGUUAUAUAAUUAUUAACUAUUCCUUUGAAUAUGAAUAUGUUGUUGUUGACAAUGAUGAUAUUUUUACAUAGCAACACCAUUUUAAGAAAUUAAACAAAAAAAAUAAGAACUACAACGUCAAAAGCAACCUUAAAAUGAUUCAUGAAAUAAAAUAAGAAUUUUGUCACCAUGACGUUUCUAAAUGCAGCUUAUCAUAGUAUCAGUGAAAGCCAAAGAAAUACACAAAGUAGCUUCACGUCUAUUAUUGCAUUAUAUCAUAUAACUGAUUAUCAGCACAUGCCUACAAGUGAGCAGUGGAUGAAAAAUUAUUUUAGAUAUGUUUUAGACAAAAAGGUCUGAGCUUUGUUUGCAUGUUAGAAAACUGAAUAUUCUCUGAAAACUCUGUUUGGUGCUGAAUUAACCCCUUCAGACCUGUUUUUUUUUUUUCUAAAUACAAAACAUUAAGGUUGUUGAAAAUCUACAAUUUUAGACCCUAUUGUUAUUUUUAUGCCAUCGAAUAUAAGCAUCAGCAGUCAGAACAUGUGUAAAAUCACCAAAUUUCCUUCCUGUUCUUUUUUUGGCUGCGUUCACAUUACCAAGCUGAAGUGAGUCAAAUCUGAUUUUUUCAUUAAUGUGACACUGAUCUGAUUUUUAGAGCUGUGUUGACACAGAAAUCCAGUCUUUUCCAAUCAGAUUUGAGUCACUCUUGUAUGUGGUCCUAGAUCGGAUACAUAUCCGAUUCAUGACCAUGUGACAUGAAUGAGAACGGUCAGAUCGGAAUUGAUGUGGCUUUUUGCCUAUAUGCAUCCUCUGAGCGCUGUAUUAAUCACCCAGCAUUGGCAGGAGAGCUACAAUAACUGCGAAUACAGCAAAAGGUAGCCAUCUGGCUUUUUUUUUUUUUGCCUUUUCAACCUGAUCAUGUACAGCUGAUGAAGUGUUUGCUGUCCUCCAGAGAAAAUGCGAUGUAUGUAUUAGCUACUAUUGCGUCCAUUUAGUCAGUUUUAAUACCGAGUUCAAUCAGAAAUAUGCCAUUUUUUGUUGGCGAUGCAGAUGACAUAUCAGUGUGCGCAUACGUGCCGUUUCGGAGGACAGAUGCAUUCACGUUACAGUUGAUAAGCAAAUCUGAUCUGAGCAAAAAAUCAGAAUUGAACCAAGAGGCCUGUAAUGUGAACGUAGCCUUUGAUAGCUCCAUCAGGGUUCCCUUCAGAAUGAUGCAGAUUUUCUUUUUUUGUGAUUCUCAGUGGGGUAAGGUUCAGGUCUGAUCAGUUACCCACGAGAGGUAUAACAAUCCCAGGAGUCGGGUUGAUGCAUUGAUUUGACCGGGAAUUAUUGAAAUUAUUCGAUUCAGCAACAAUCAUAGAUUAUCAUCAAAAAAAGGAUGAACAACUGGUGUGUAAAAAUAAUUCAUAUUUCUAAAUUGAUGUCGAUAAUUUAAUUUGCCAGCCUGUACCUUUUUAUAUAUAUUUUUUAUUUUUUUCCUCCCCAGUUUGGUCAUUUGGCUAAGUCCCACCCACUAACUAUCUGUCCCCUAUCACACAACAGCUCCCAGUGAGACAGGUGAAGGCGUGAACACGUGAGUCCUCUGAGACGUAUGAAGCCAGCGAACCAAAUCUUUUUGAACUGCUGUGCAUGGUACGGUAUGUCACAAGGCAGCAUACCGCACUCAGAAGGAAGAGCUAUCCACCCUCUUCAACAUACCUGACCUCACAGACACUCGUGAUUAGCUAGUGUCACUGUUGCACCAUUCGGGAUCCCUCGUUCAUCAUCUUUUGUGAAUUCAAGACAGUAAUAAUUGGCCUAUUCCAGAUUCCGAACAAAGUUCAUCACAUAUUGAUUAGAAUUGAAACGGAUCAUAUCGUAGCAGGUUCAGAGGUAUCAUGAAUUGUUACAUCAUGAAUCAAAAUCGUACCAUAUCGUGUACAAGCUUGAGGUUUAUUUAUGAGAUUUAUUACCGACUAAUUAAUCAGACUUUUACAUUUAUACAUUUUUAAUACAAUUCCUUACAUGUAUCAUGUAAUGGACACAGUGUGUGAAGGGGUUAAUUCAGGUACGUGAUACAUUGAAUGACGGAUGUGUCGCAGUUAAAGUGUCUUUAACUACUGUUUACCUCAGAGGAAUGCAAAAGAAGAAAAAUGAAAAAAAAAAAGGAAACAGGUCUUGUCUUAAUUCUUUAGUAAGGGAACACUACAUUGUGCCACUGUUUUGUUUCAUUAUUGCUGGCACAGAGUGGUGACUUUAUUGGACUUAUUACCAAAUCUGUGUGCAUUUAUCAUUUCAAUGAAGGCUUAUUUAUUCUAUAAGUAGUAGUGCAUCAGUAUUGUUUCAAGACAUGAAUGAAAAAGGGCUUACAUAGGCUAUGCUGUAUUUGUUUUUAUUACUGCUUUGCAUAAUCGAUUUCAAAUCCACUAUGUACCAGAAAUAAGUCCAAUAUUUUAAAAAGGCUGUCUCUUGAGACAUACGUGCACUACAGUACAUACCAUCAAACAAAUAUGCUGUUUUACUCAGUUGUGACUGGAAGGUCGAUUUCUUUCAAGCUUUAUUAUACAGUACAUCAUCUCUUCUAGUGUGCUGUGUAUGCAACGUUUCUUACUUUACUCACAGUCGCUUACUGGCUUCUCAGUUUAGACAAGAAUGCAAUGCAGGGAUAUUGAAUAUAACUGUGCCUACUGAAUAUUAUGAUUUAUUCUAUCCACAGUCACUGGAUAUGAGCAAUCGCCUGCUCUGAUUGGUUACUCUACUACUAGACUAUCAGCUCAUAUACCAUGAGUAGAGAAAAACAAAAUGGUGGAGCGUGUUGCUGAACCAACUGAGGACAAAAUAAAAACUCUACUCAAAAACAAAACCCAAAAAAUACAAAAAAGCAACAAAAUACAGUAUGGAAUGAAAGUAUUUGAUGGUAUGAACAUAUCUGUUUGAUUUUUCAAGAAUUAUUAUUAUCGCAUUUUUCACAAAUUGCUACUGUCAUUUCACCGGUUUGUUCACAUUCUAAGCGGAAAUGAUUUUGUCAAACGUUUUGUAUAAAGUUUUUAUUUAUUGAAUUUGCAAAAAGUACAAAUAAAAAUGUUCUGUUUCUCAAAAUUCAGUGAAUGUGGAUAGAAUAGAACAGUUAUUCCACUUAGUCUCAUCGUACAUGGCUUAUAGCCAACUCGGUGCCACGCGCCUCAUCGGCUGUCUGCUCAUGUACGACUCGAUUUCAUGGAAUAACUGUUAAGUAUUGUACCACUGAUGAUUAGUAUAAACUGACGAUACAUGUAUAGCUCCAAAAAUUUUAAGGCAGUCAAGCAGAAAAAUAUACAAUCCAUCAUUAAAUUAAUAUUGUAUAAAAGAAAUGCGAUUUAAUAAAUGAUCAAAAUAAAUCUAAAUACACUACCGUUCAAAAGUUUGGGGUCACUUUGAAAUGUCCUUAUUUUUGAAAGAAAAGCACUGUUCUUUUCAAUGAAGAUCACUUUAAACUAAUCAGAAAUCCACUCUAUACAUUGCUAAUGUUGUAAAUGACUAUUCUACAGUACAACACUGAUAUCGUAAAGUCCUUGGGAUAUUGGAAAAAACUUUAUGAUAUCAGAACUUUAUGAUAAGCCUAAAGUCACUUUUUAAUAGAGAGCAAAGAAACACACUUUCAAACUCAAUCUUUAUUUGCAAACACAUAACACAUACAUGCAUUAUAUUUAAUAGUAACAUCAAUACAUCAGAAGAAAUCUUUGAUUGUGGUUUGUUUGACACUGAUCACAUGGUGAUUGACAUCAAUAUCAUUUUCAAUAGCUAACAAAUCCUUCAAAUAUUCCUGCAUCUUGGGAAGGGGUCGUCCAGGGAGGGCCACCAUGUACCUUCGAAGUUGAUUGAGACCUGCCAUGGCACUGGCAUAUGAUGGCUUGUCAGAGUCGUCAGAUGUUUCUUCAGAUAUUUCUUCUGCUUCUUCUGGCUUGCUCUGAACUUCUGUCACAAUCUCUUCAUCUGUGAGUUUGGAUGUUGUCUCCAUGUUCUUGUCAGCAUUGACAAAGUCUUCUGGUUCUGUACUGAAUCCACAGGCCUGCAGGUUUGCUGCAAGGAUGGCUAAGGGGGAUGUCGUCUUCUGGGUCAUCAUCUUCAACUGCAGACUCAGGAGACUCGGGAAGUUGAAACCCACAGUGGGGGCUCUGAGUUAAGAUAACUUUGCAGGCUUCUGGGGUGCUUGACAGGAAAACUUUAUGAUGUGUAAUUUAUGGCCCCUGGGGACAUCAAAAUGACUUUACAUUAUACCUAAAAUUUAUGAUAAGCAAGUUUAUGAUAAGCCAAAAGUUUUAUAUCAUAUUUAAUGGACUUUAUGCCGGGAAAUGAAAAUCACUUUACAUUAUCCAUAACUUUACAAUAUCAGUGUUUACGAUAUCUGUGCUGUACUGUAGCUGCAAAUGUCUGGUUUUUGGUGCAAUAUCUCCAUAGGUGUAUAGAGGCCCAUUUCCAGCAACUCUCACUCCAGUGUUCUAAUGGUACAAUGUGUUUGCUCAUUGCCUCAGAAGGCUAAUGGAUGAUUAGAAAACCCUUGUACAAUCAUGUUAGCACAGCUGAAAACAGUUGAGCUCUUUAGAGAAGCUAUAAAACUGACCUUCCUUUGAGCAGAUUGAGUUUCUGGAGCAUCACAUUUGUGGGGUCGAUUAAAUGCUCAAAAUGGCCAGAAAAAUGUCUUGACUAUAUUUUCUAUUCAUUUUACAACUUAUGGUGGUAAAUAAGUGUGACUUUUCAUGGAAAACACAAAAUUGUCUGGGUGACCCCAAACUUUUGAACGGUAGUGUAAGUUUACAAGCAAAAUAACAGAAUGAUGGCUAUACUAAACGUCAAAUUACAUAUGUACAGUAAAUAAGAACUAUUUUUAUGGUGUUUUACAAAUCUAAAUCAUUGACUAUAAAGCAUUACGUGGUACCUAUUUUGCCAUUUUAUUUUUCCCAUUCUUAUAAAUAUUUUUUGUGUGUGUGUGUCCAUGUGUUGCGCAGCAAACCUUUUUGCGAUGUAUAUGGCCUCUGUUCAUGUUUUCUCAGUUGAUUUAUUGUUUUACUAACUAAUUAAAGGGCAGAAUUAUUUUUCUAAAAUGAACAGCUAUUGCACAAAGAAAACAUUUAUAAACAACAGUUUUACUCUCUUUUUACAAAGAUUGGUCCGUAACCCAAGUUGGUAUUUUUCUAACGUUUUGCACAUUUAUUUUAAGGGUGACUGACUUAAUAAUCAAUUGUGGCACACAUUUUUGACAAAUAAAAAAAAAAACAUACAUUUGAUUCAACUGAUUAAUAAGGAGCCUUGAUUGUAGAUAUAAUUCUACCACUGGAAGAGAAGAAAUGUAUGAUUUUUGGCAUUUGAAGCACAUUUAAGCCCCAGUGACAUUUGUGCUCUGGAGAUUGUAAUAAAAAUGA